UUUUUUUUCUUAAAGCCAUCUAUUCUUAUGUGGGAACAUUAAUAGGCAUUUUUAUGCACUGAAGUGAUUUGGAGGUAAAUAAAUGAGUGUGUACAGAUGUAGAGGUGGUCUAGAAGUACAUGCAUUUUAUUCUGACAGGAAAAGUGCGCUUAGUUUUUCGGUAUUAACGCUAAAAGGGCGUUGCGCAAAUUUCACCCAAACAGUAAAAGGAAGGGUGUGCGUCACUCUCUGUGGUCGUACUGUCCUGAUUAUGUAACGUUAAGUAUCUGCUGGCUACCAUCCUCCGUUCAGAAGUUAUUAGAGCCGAAAAGUCGAAUAUCAAAAAUGAAACUAACUUUACCGUGAACUGCUCGUGUCCAUGGCAUCAGAGACAGAUGAAGCACUCUGUGUUAAUGAACGCCAAACCGAGACCCCCUCUUCCGUCACCCCCCAUAAAAAAACACAAAAACUUUUAAACUUAUCUAGGAAGAAACUGGUGUCUUUGGAAAAACAGCGCAUUUUGGGAGUUGUGGAUGAGUGCAUCAGUUUGAUGGAGCUGGUGGCCCUGCUGCCCUCUGAAUUAACCCACCCUGAGAGCCUCUCUGUAAGCCUCAGAGCAGAAAUGACCAGGGCCCUCACUGAGGACCUGCAUCUGUCAAAAGCAUACCAGGACCUGAGCCUGGACCCUGGAGCCAAAGGACAGGAAGCAGCUGCUAAAGCAGUGCAAGAUUCAUUACUGAACAUUUCACGGCUGCUGAGGGCCUGUCCUACUGCAAAGGUGGGGCUAAAAGGGGCAGGAUCUAUUGAAGAAGAUAGAAAAGGUGUAGAGGAGAUGUUAGAAUGGUUACAGGACAAUAGAGUUGUCCUACUAAAGCGGCUAUUUAUGACACCUAUGGAGGAGAGGGUACGCAUUCAGCGCAUGCAGGAAGACACUCUGCGUCACAACAGCAACCAAAAGGUGCUUGCCACUCUGGAGAAGGAAGCUGCUGCAGCGGUAAAGGACAGGGAUAAAGAGAUCAGUUGGAUGAACAAAGUGAUUCAGUGGCUGAGGAGUUCUAUACUCAAGACAGAGAAAUGUUCAGACGAUUUUGUUGUGCGAAAGCAGAAGGAGGCUGAGAGACACGAUGAAUCAGUUCAGAAAACCUCAGAGCUGAAACAGACACGACUCCAGGAGGAAGUCAAUCAGCUGAAAGUUCAGCUUAAAAACCUCAUCAUACAACACAGAGAUGCAGAGUUGGCACUGCGCAAGAAAAGCUACAAGGUGGAGACUGAGGUGCAAAAUUGGAUUGAAAAAUAUGAUGCUGAAAUGGGAGAAAAACAGACGAAGCUGGAGGAGAUAACUCAGAUUCAUGAGGAAGAGAUGGCUGAGCUGAGUGAGCUGCAGGAGUACUAUGCAGUGCGGGAGCUGGAAUUCUCAAAGAUCAUGGAGGAGCACAGGAUAGAACAGGAAAGAAGAGAUGAGGAGGAGAGGGAGAGGGAGGUGCAGAGUCGUGCAGCCAUUAUCAUCCAGGCCUUCUGGAGAGGGUGGUGCGUCCGCAAGGCCAUGAAGGCCAAAACCAAGGGCCAGAAGAACAAAAAAGGAAAAGGGAAAAAAGGAAAAUGAGCAAUGGCUACUUAAAACCAUUUAUUAAAGCAAUACAAUCAUUUGGGUAAAGAAAUAAAACGGACUAAAUCUUAACUAGUAAUGUAAUUAUUAAGUCCACAUGUAAUUAUUGUUAUUAAUAUGUAGAAAGAAAAUUUUGCUCAAAGCACCAAUAAAUAAAACAAGAAAA